AUGCGCCUAACCGGUCUUUACGUGGCUAUCGUUAUGGCUUCUCUUCACGCGAAUGGCUCUGCGGCCUCCACGUCCAAGGACGUCGACGCGGCGCUGUCUGAGAACAAGGCGACUUCCAUGAGUGUCUCCUCUCCACGUGCGAAUGAGAAGCGGAGUCUACGUGCCGAAGAGAAGCGCAAUUUGGACGGGUUGGAUGAGGACAGAACACUUCCUGGACCUUUCGCUGAAUCUCUCGGCUCCUCCAUCACCCGUGCGUCAAAGGCACCAAGCGAAGCCACUUUACGUUUUCUAAUGCGCGAAUGGCAUUCGUUGUCGCCGGACCUGCAGGCGAAAACCGUGGCUUGGACAUACACGGGUGUGCAGAAUAAGAUCAAGACUAUUGUGCAAGAGGGCCGUUUGACAAAGAAUGAGGGUUCUGGCUUGUUAAAGGGGAUAAAACUCUUAUCGCACGCGAAUCCCUCAAACGAACCCGCGGUCUGGGUAGAGGGGUUGCUUUUGCUGAGGAAAUUUAGUGUCAUCACACGGAAGCAGCUCAUACAGGCGCUCGAGAUAUUGACAGGACAAAAGUUUGCGCCGUCUAGUUUGGGAAAGAAGCUGAAGUGGGCGCAGUUAGAGAAGUUGAAGAAGCGACAAGCCAAGCUCUAG